AUGGUUCCACGGCCUCCAACUCCAGGUGCAGCUACAUUCGCGCCUUCCGGCUUUGUGCCCUCACCUCAGACAGUCGCUCUCGCUCUAGCCAUCGUGAAAGCAACACCUCCAAGAGCCUCAGCAAGAGACUAUGUACUUCAACUUCGAACCCAUCUCAAGCUUGGGCGAGACGCGAUUACCGGGAUUGAGCAGAGCCGUUACCUCGAUCUCGUUGCAUAUUGGCAGCAGAGAUGCGAGACUGCCGAGAUUGAAUGCAGAGAGCUCAGCAAAAAGGUCGCUAGCCUCGAGCGCGGUGUCCAUUGUCUGGGAAAUUUAGCAGCAGACACUCCCGAGGAAGAGGCGCAACUCGCACCCUCGGCUCUCAAGAAGAAAGGACCAACGCCCGCGGCGAAACGGCCAAGGAAUACAAGGGCACAGGUAGCAAAGCCAGCUACACCUGACGAGGUACUGGAGGACGACCUACACCUGUUUGAAACACUUGGAUGUCAUGGUAUGACAGUCGCGGAGCAUUACUGGACCGCCCAGACACUCCUCAGACGACCUGGAGCCAAUGUCGAUAGCAUCUGUGGCAGUGUCGUAGGGAUUGCGAGCGCCUUGGGUCAGAUCUUCCCCAUCAUUGCAAAGAACCAGGAUCACCUCGCUGUUCGCACAGUUGAGCAAUCUCAACUGCGUCACAUUGGCAAAGACAAGUCUGAGCUGUCGUGCUUGAUGUCCGCAUGCGCAAGGGCGUGGACACUAGUCAUCGUGGCUCUUGACAAGCUUGAAGAGGAUAGCCCAGAAUCACGUCGUCCAGGACUAGUAAUCUUUGAAUGUGUGAAGCUCAUCUCUGCAGCUCUGGAUGCAAUCAGACUGGCUGCGAGACAUGCUGCGUGGAAGAAGGGCGGUCGCUCCACUAAUGAAACCAUUCAGGAGUCUGUUGGCGCCCGCAGCAUAGCUCAUCUUCUCGCUACGUUCAUCGGCCAUCUGGGGAAAGACAGUGCAGUCCAUCACCGACUCUUUGACGGUAUCGCGUAUGUCCUAUUUGAGCGCGUCGGCGAUCAGCUGUACUACUGCACCUUCGAACGUCAGCGUAGUGCUACCAUUGAAGAGCGUAUCGUGCCGCCAUCAGAAUCCACGGACCCGCACGAGAUUGCUCGUCAUGCUACAGAUGCCGCAGCCAUUCGACUCGAAGUCAAAGCCUUGGUCAUCAUCUUGGAGAGGGCAAUGAGUGUCGCUCCUUUGCAUUUGAACGAACAGACUGUGAAGAAGAGCAGGGCUGCGCUCGCUCGAACAGUGAGCCUCAAGAACGUAUCGUCUACGAGGAUCAGACUGAGCUCGCUUGCACAAGAGCGCUUGCAGAGGACCUUGAUCACAUGUACAUUCGGCCACCAGGUCGACGACGACUUCAAGGAUAUACUCACGAAACCAGUCAGCAUGGGACGUCCUCCGCCGGCACCGAAGAUCAAGGAUGAGGAUGUACCGGAGUGGUACCAGUCACAGGUAUGGAGGCUGGUAGGCUGGGAGAUCCUUGAAAAGGACGGCGAAUGGGUGACUCAAGACAUGUGA